CUCAUUGGUGUGUUUUUAAUUUCACGCUUUCAUCUCCCUUCUUUCUUUCCUUUUACUUCCACUCUCUCUCUCUCUCUCUCCUUUGUGUUUUUAAUUUGCUUCUUCAUAUUGUACGUACCGACAUGACUCCAACCUGAUGGGGUUAAACACUGCUUCUGCGUAGGAUUCGAUGCCGCUACUCCUUCUUCAGUUUCUACAACUGAGUUUCAUAUCUCCUUUCUAUUGAUGUUUAUGCUGAAGACUGAAUAAAAGUCUGAGGUACAUACAUACUAUUUAUAAAGCUGCUUACUACAAACCAACAAGAUUAACUAAGAAAUCAUCUUUUGGGACGAUGCAAACUGUUUAUCUUAAAGAACACGAAGGAAAUGCGCACAAUUUUGUGGGCACGUUGUCUUCUGCAGCUUCAGCACCCUGGUGGAGUGCUUUUGGAUCUCAAUCUGUUCAUCAGGGAGAGUCUUGUGGCCAAGUGAAACCCUUUUCAUUGGAGCUGCCAAACUGCAUAGACCAACUUGCUGCCACUAAGCCACUAGCAAGAGGAGCUGACCAAGUGUUGGGUAAAGGGCACAUAACUCAGUUUACAAUCUUUCCAGAUGAUUGUAAAAUGUCAGAUGAUGCGCAAAAGCUUCAGACAACCAUGUCACUGCAGUCAUCGCUUACUGAUCCACAGUCUCGUUUUGAGAUAGGGUUUAGUCUGCCCACGAUAUGUGCAAAAUAUCCUUAUACGGAUCAAUUUUAUGGACUCUUCUCAGCUUAUGCACCUCAAAUUUCGGGACGUAUAAUGCUGCCACUUAACAUGACAUCUGAUGAUGAACCAAUUUACGUAAAUGCUAAGCAGUACCAUGGAAUCAUUAGACGUCGGCAGUCCCGUGCCAAAGCUGUACUUGAUCACAAAUUGACUAAACGUCGCAAGCCCUAUAUGCAUGAAUCACGCCAUCUCCAUGCAAUGCGGCGACCAAGAGGAUGUGGGGGUCGCUUCUUGAACACUAAGAAUUCUGUUGACGGAAAUGGUAAAAUUGGAAAUGAAGUGCAUAAAACUGUUGGUGAACAAUUGCAGUCUAGUGGCUCUCAGAGUUCUGAAUUCCUUCAAUCUGAGGUUGGAACUUUUAAUUCAUCAAAAGAGACUAAUGGAAGCAGUCCAAAUAUUUCUGGUUCAGAGGUGACUAGCAUGUAUUCGCGGGGAGGUCUUGACAGCUUUUCUCUCAAUCAUCUUGGAUCUGCUGUCCACUCUUUUGCAGACAUGAUAGAUGGUGGGCGCGGUAUGAUCAUACCCACCAAAUGGGUUGCAGCAGCAGGUAACUGCUGCAACCUUAAAGUUUGAUUUGCAAAGAAUCAAGGGUGGGCUUGCUGUAGCAUUGCACCAGGCCCAUCCUCGAUGAGGCCAGAUGAAGAAGCUUCGUUUCAGUUGCGUGUGCUGACUGUGACAAGUUUCGCUCGGUAAGAUCGUCCUCACAUCUGGUCUAGGCAAUCCAUCCUUGGCUCAUACUUUGGCAAUCCAUCCUUGGCUCAUUGUAACUGAAGGCAACUCAUCCUUGGCUUGAUGUACUUGCAGUAAUUUGUCUUUCCGCACAGGAAUGUUGUUGGCAUGGUACAAACUAAUGACUUGAUAUCCUGAUGCAGAAGACAACUAUGUUUCUGUCUUUGUGUGAAAAUGAAAGCAUGAAACUCUAGUUAUGUGUGCUUCGAAUAAUGUCUAAACGUGGUGUUGUAUUUUGUAUUUCUGACUUCGAGGAACAAUGUAUUAUAGAACCUUGUUCUGUGGUCUUUGUUAGAAAAAAUAAAGCAUUGGUGUGUUUUUCUCCUGUUGA